AUGGUAAAUUCAGACCAAGUUAAAGAAAGGAUUCAAAAUGCUAUUCCUUGUGAAGUUCAGAAAUAAAUUGGUAUAGUUGAUAGAUUGGGCUCAUAAGCACAGAAGGUUGUGCUCAUCCUAAUGCAGCUGAGAGCAGGACUUCUGUACCUUUUUAAGUAUACCUUCAGGUUUGGGAAACCUUAGAAGGGCGACCUUUUUUGAGUUAAGGUGGGCUACGGCUAGUGGGUUUACCCGCUUAUGCCAGAAUAACAUUUAACUUAACUUAGCUUGUGAAGUCCUUGAAGUUGAAGACACAAGUAGUGGCUGUGGAAGUAGCUUUAGAUGCCUGAUCGUUUCUCCUUCAUUUAUAGGUCAGCCUCUUCUACAGAGACAUCGACUGAUUUUCAAUCUAUUUGAGCAGGAAAUGAAAACAGAAAUUCAUGCUUUUAAUCUCUCAACUCUAACCCCAGAGCAAUAUCAAUCUCAAAGAUAA